AUGGCCUCAACCGAGAAACCCCAAAUUCUUCUCCUCUCUCUCUCAUACCGCGACUUCCUCGAUGAGACCUACUCCGCGCUCUUCAACAGGCUCUUAAAAGUGGCCCAGAUCAAGCGCGUAAAGACCGCAUCCGCCGCGCUCCGGACCAUCGCCGAGACCAGUUUCAAAGCAAUCAUCAUAACAGACGAAGGCCUUACCGAAUCCAACCAAGAGACCCGAGAAGUGCUCGCUAAAAUCAAAGCCUACAUUGAAAAUGGCGGUCUUACCAUUGUCGGUCUGCACUUCCCCAACUUCACGCCCAUGCCCAAGUUAGGGCAGUUUUUCGAGACUUUUGGUCUUCCCUGGAAAUAUGGCGACUAUCAUCGCACAAACUUCCAACUUAAUCCUUCGGGUCUCUUGCCUGAAGGCAUUGAGCCAUCUUCGAUGCCUGAACCAUAUAGCAUGAAGGUGCUGCAUGUCAAGAACGCCAGACCUCAAGAAAAGCUCUUUGUUCCGAUUGAGGGCGCGGUAACUCAAAGUCUUGUCUUUUCUCCACGGAACGUGGAUCAGGCUCAAGCUGCUGUUGCAGUGGCAAGGCUCGGGGCGGGAUAUCUUUACUGUGGAGAUGUUAACGGGGAGGAUGGAUCAAAUCGGCUUAUGUUGGCGCUUUGCGGGUUUUAG